AUGAAACCGUUCACAGAUGAAGAUGUAGAAAUCUACAUCCAAAGCAAGGUGGAACGGCGACAUUAUCUGGUUUCCAAAGCAGUGGAGGAGGUGCAGAAAAUCAUCCAGCAACUGACUGCGGAAAUCAGCUGCAAGGCCACGCGGUUCCAGGCUAUCUCCAACUCUGGCAUUCACAAUGAGAAUAUUAAGGUCUUAGCACCCAGCCAAUUCCUCAUCACAGUCCCUCUGCGCGGCCUGACUGGGUACAGGGAAUGCCAGGUACGGCACUGGCGUUAUUACACCGUGCACGGAUCCAAGCUCCUCUCCUCCGUGCGGGACCCCGAGGAACUGCAUCAAUGGCUAGAGGUGGAGCAGUUCUCAAAAAGCCUUCAGCAGUGGCAUGAAACAGAUGUGAACAUCGAGGGUGAUCUGGUGCCAGCCAAAGUCCUUAUCGUCUUCCGGGAGCUGGUGGAGAAGUCAAUUAUCUCCUGUAACCUCUCCAGUAAAGUGACGAUGCUGGAGAGCUUCAGCUCGGUGGUCCGGGUGGCUGUGGAGACGUCAGAAUCCCAGGUUGAGGUGGAGCUUGUCCCUGCUGUGGAGAUUCCAACUUGCUGGCCUGAGAAAGCCCAGUGGCCUCGUUGCCUUAAGCGCUGGCCUUCCCAGGAAAAAGUGCAGUGCAUCAAGUCGCUUGGUUUUGACCUUUUGGCCCGCUCCAAUUAUCACUGGCAGCUGUGCUUCUCCCGCGCCGAGCACAUGCUCAUGGAAGGGCUCGAUGAGGAUGGUGGUUGUCGCAUGAAGUGCUUCAGGGUGAUGAGGCAGAUGAAGGAAGACGUCUGGUGUGCUGGAAAUAAGCCUGUCAUCACAGCGUAUCACCUUCAGACAGUGCUAUUCUGGACGUGUGAAAAAUACCCACGCACCAAGGAUUGGCGCUGCUUCCCUGAAGCCUUUCUGAGGCUGGUGCAGAAGCUGCACAAGUGUGUAAGCCAGCACUUCCUCAAGCACUACUUUAUCAAGAACACCAAUCUGCUCAAAUACGCCAACACCAGUGACCUGGACCUGGUGGCCAGCAAGCUCGCCGUCUUCUUGGAGAACCCCAUCUUCAGCUUGGAUUAAGGCAGGAAAAGGCCUCCUCACCCCAACCCGGAGCCGAUCCCUUCCCUCCUCUCCCUGCCUGCGGUUGUUCCUCGUGUCCUUCCAG